CAAAAGGAGAUGCCAUUUUGAUGAAGUGGAUACUCCACGAUUGGACAGACGAAAAGUGUGUGAAGAUCCUGAAAAACUGUUGGAGAGCAUUGCCGGAAAAGGGCAAGGUGAUUCUGAUAGAGAUGGUGACUCCGGAGGAGCCGAGGGGUGGGGAUGUCCGCUCCAACAUCACCUUCGACUUCGACAUGUUGAUGCUCUCCCAAUGUUCCGGCGGUAAAGAAAGGACAAAGGCCGAGUUCCAAGACCUAGCCCUCGCUUCUGGUUUCACCCGCUGCCAUUUCAUGUCUUGUGCUUCUCCUUAUUGGGUUAUUGAAUUUCACAAAGCAGAAGCAACCCCUUGAAAAAAAUUUAUAUAUUAUAAUAUUAAUGAGCACUGUUUUUUUUGUAAAAUGGCCAUUUCAAGGUUUGGCUUG